AUGAAAAGUUUAAAUUAUCGAUUUCCUCAUUCAAGAUAAGAUUCUGGUUAAAUGAACUUAACGCGAUCUCAAUUGGGAUAGGCCCAGUAAGUGACGAAUGUACUAAAUAAGUAAGAAAGUGAUGUGAAUGUUAAGCCGACAGAAUGAUUAAAAUAUUGAUAGAUCACCAGCACCGAUGGUACACGGUUUGCAUAAAUUGGCAGUACCUUCAAGUUAGCAAUCAUCAGCCAAUCAUUCAAAGAAAUCAUCAAUCUCUAAAUAGCAAUAGCCGAAGCAGAUAUCAUUUCUUAACUACUUGAUCUUGAAGGAUCAAUCGUAAAUCGCUUAAGACGAAGAGAAAGAAAGUUGAAUAUAACAUUUGAAAUUAGAUAUAAACGAACCUGUAGUAUAGAAGAAUAUGUUUAAUUUUCAAUUUGUGAUUGGAAUAGGAGGAUUUGGAAAAGUUUGGAAAGUGGAGUACAAGAAGAAUGGAUAGAUUUAUGCAAUGAAAGAGAUGUCAAAAGCACUGUAUUGAUUUCAUCAUUAUGUUUAAGCAUAAUAGCCAAAAAAAGUGUGAAUUCCGUGAUGAAUGAAAGAAACAUCUUGAGCAAUCUCAAGCAUCCGUAAAUAGUGCAUUAAACAUAGAUUUCUAGUGAAUAUCUACUAUGCAUUUUAAGACAGAGAGAACUUAUUCCUAGUUCUAGACUACAUGUAAGGAGGUGACCUAAGAUACCAUAUCGGAAAAAUGAGAAGAUUUACUGAAGAUCAGACAAGUAUUUCAUAACAAUAUGCAGGAUUCUUCAUGGCUUGCAUCUUCUUGGGGUUAGAAUACAUGCAUUCCAAAAACAGUUUACAUAGAGAUAUCAAACCAGAGAAUUUAGUACUUGAUAAACAUGGUAGAACUAAUAAACUAUCUUGGUUAGGUUACGUCAGAAUAACGGAUUUGGGAAUAGCUCGAAAUCUAAGGCCUGAGAAUUCAUAGGAUACUUCAGGUACUCCAGGUUAUAUGGGUAUGUUCAUAACAUUAAAUUCGUAGCUCCAGAAGUGAUGUGUAGAUAAAAUCAUUCUUUCGCAGUGGAUUAUUUUGCUUUAGGAGUUAUUGGAUAUGAAUUUAUGUUGGGGAAGGUAAUCUUUCAAUUGGAAUAAUUAGCGACCAUAUACUGGGAGAUCAAGAAAAGAAAUUAGAGAUUAAAUUCUAGCCAAACAAGUUCAGAUUAAAAGAUCAGAAAUACCAGAUAAUUGGUCUCUAGAAUCAGCGGAUUUUAUAAAUAGAGUACUUUAUCACAUCAAGUUUAGUUGAUACAAAGGAAACCAGCUAAUCGAUUGGGUUUUAAUGGGCCUCAUGAAUUAAGAUAGCAUUCUUGGUUCAAGAAUUUUCCAUGGUCGAAAUUAAUGAAUAAAGAGUUAAAAUCACCUUACAUUCCUAAUGUAUAAAUCCAAAAAAUAUAACUUAGCAAAAUGAAGAUAAUUUUGAUGCUCGUUAGAUAUCUAUGGAAGACGAAGAAAACAAUGAAUUAAUACAAUAGCAUUCAAUAAUGUUGAGAAGAAAUUCUAUUUAAUGUAAAUUAUGGAUUUAUUAAUUUAAGCCUAAUUUUCUGGAUAUGAGAUGGAUAAUUUUAGUGAGAAGCAAAACACAUUGUUUAACAAUUUUUGA